AUGGAAAACAGAAUUGACACUGAUCAAAAAGAUUGCAUUCCUCCCAGGCCAACUCGCAAGAAUAAAGAAACAAAACAAAAUAUGCCAGAUGAGUCAUCACAGGCCCAGUCAGCAGCUUUUCACCCUCCACGAGCCAAACCAAAACUGUUUUUUCACACUCAAUUGGCCCAUGGCAGCUAUACUGGAAGAAUACAGGGCUUUACUAACGUCAAGGAACUUUAUGCCAAAAUUGCCGAGGUAUUUAAUAUUUCCCCAACAGAGAUCUUGUUUUGCACAUUGAAUACACACAAAGUGGACAUGCAGAAGCUUCUUGGUGGUCAGAUCGGUCUAGAAGACUUUAUCUUUGCACAUGUUAGAGGAGAGACAAAAGAGAUGGAAAUCACCAAGACAGAAGAUGCUCUGGGUCUUACCAUCACUGAUAAUGGAGCUGGAUAUGCUUUUAUAAAGAGAAUUAAGGAAGGAAGCAUUAGUGACCAACUGAAGACUGUCAAUGUAGGUGACAAUAUUGAAGCCAUAAAUGAUCAGACAAUUGUGGGAUGCCGACAUUAUGAAGUGGCGAAGAUGUUAAGAGAACUUCCAAAGAAUGAGUCGUUUACUUUGCGCCUAGUUCAGCCAAAAAAAGCAUUUGAUAUGAUUGGACAGAGAGGCAGACCAAACAAAUGUCCCCCAGAAGGGAAGGUGUCCAGUGGGAGAGAGACUCUGCGUCUGCGAAAUAAGGGCAUGGCCACUGUGGAAGAAUUGCCAAGUGAAGGGGAAGAAGAAGCUUCCCGUAAGGUAGAUGAUUUGCUGGAAAGUUACAUGGGAAUCAGGGAUGUGGAAUUAGCUACAACAGUUGUGGAGACAGCCAAGGAGAAGCGGAGCCCUGAAGAGUUUGGCAUAGCACUGGACAACCUCCUGGGUGAAUUUGCCUUUCCUGCUGAGUUUGUGUUAGAAGUUUGGGGAGCCAUUCAUCAAACAGGAAUCUAA